CUCUCAACUGUUUUCAACUUCCCCUCGGACGCCCCUCUCGCGGGCCGAGCCGAUGCCGCUGCUGCUGUUGUGGCUGUCAAAUCAAAGUGUAUAUACAGGCCUAAAUGUAUGGCAUAUCUGAUCUGUAGUGUUUUUCGAGCAAGUGGCGUGAUUUUCUAAAUAUUAUGAAGAUGUUGGACGGUUUUGUCGCGACUUUGCGCGGUAACAAUCGACGUUUUUCGUUGUGACGAGUCUACGAUAUCGUAUCAUAGGUGUGCGAAUUCAGCACAGCUGAGUUCAAUUAACCGGUGAACUGCGCCGCAUGCACUUGGCGCAUUUCUGGAAAGUUCUGUGAGCGCAUGUGCAGUCGAGCUCGAUGUAACAGCAGCAGCAGCAGCUCAGCUCGCAACGGACUCUUUCGCGAACUGUCUCUCGUUCGAACGGAUUGCAUACACAAGCGCAAAAUAUACACAUACAUGCAAACACAGACGUACACCUUUCGGCCCAUGCGCAGCUUGGCUUUGUUUUUAUUUACGAUAGAGAAUCUCAGCUGCACUGGAUCGACUUUGGAUUGCCGCUCAUCGACGCAUAUACGGGCCUAUAAACGACCGAGCCUGCCUAUAUUAUCAGUCGAAAAAUGCAGCCAUUUGCAGCGUUAUAGCUGAACUCGAACAAAAGCCUUUUUUCCAAUCGAUCAAUUGCAUUGAACUUCAACUCGCAGCAUCUGUAACAUUUUAUACCAUAAACAAAUAUUGCGGUUGAGGAACAUUUCCGGCUCCCCACCAAAGAAACAAUGCAAAAUUUAACGCUGACAAGAGACAUCGGACGACUGUCGUUUGCUCAACGACUUUUUUACGAAAGAAAUGGUUUCUUGGUUAUACCACGUACGAUACCAAAAGAAAUUUUGGACAAAUGUAGCAAGAGAUUCGAUGAAUAUGCAAGCGGAAAAGUACCCAAGGGUUACACCACCGUUAUGAGAGACAUAGUCGACAGAAGUUCGGUUAACAAAAUUCAAGAUAUACUGCACGAUGACGCGUUUCGCGAGUAUUUCGAAAACCAACAUCUUCUGGACCUAGUAGAGGCCUUCACCGGACCUAACAUAGUGGCAGUGCACAGUAUGUUGAUUGCCAAGCCUCCUGAUGUGGGCAGUGGAAGCUCAAGACAUCCACCGCAUCAGGAUUUGUAUUACUUUCCAUUUAGACCUGCAAAUAAAAUAGUAGCGGCAUGGACCGCUAUUGAAAAAUGCGAUAAAGAGAAUGGAUGUUUACACGUAUUUCCAGGCUCGCAUCGUUCUUACGGUCUCAUGAACCACGCUUAUCCCAAAGAUACGGUGAACAAGAUGUACCAUGGCAUACAGGAUCUACCUGAUAAUAUAAAUUGGGUUGAUGUGGAAGUUGAACCAGGUGAUACUAUUUUUUUUCAUCCUCUGCUAAUACAUGGAUCAUGGAAAAAUGUAUCCACACGAACUAGGAAAGCCAUAUCUUGUCAUUAUGCAGCUGCAGAAUGCUAUUACAUUGAUGUAAAUGGCACAAUACAAGAAAGUAUUAAAGAUGAAAUCUUAUCAGUUGCUAAACGCCGAUUUCCAGGUGCUGAUGAUAUAACAUUUGCAGAAAUUUGGAAUAUGAGAUCAUCUCUUGUACGAGGAAUGAGAUCCUCAUUAUAAUAUCAAUUGCAGAUUUUGUUACUUGAGAUUUCACAAGGUGAUGGAAUAAAUUUGGAUAAUUUGAUUAGGGUCAAAUGAACAUAGUUCAGAA